UCUCUCAAGCUUCCUUUUGUCUCAUAAAUUCACUCCUAUAAAGAACACUCCUUUCCGAUCUCAGUUUCCAACAAAUCCCAGGAAAUCGAUCAAACGUUUUUAUAUAUAAUUCAUACGUACGUACGCAAUAUUAAUUAGCUGUUGCUCGACAUGGAAAGCACGUCACGCACCCUCGAAGUCACGGUGAUAUCAGGCGAAAACCUACGAACCAACAGGAAACCGGUCAAGAAGAACGCUUUCGUUGUGAUCCAAACGGACUCCAACAAAGUUUGCACGACAAAGAUGGACGCCGACGGCGGGAGCUAUCCUUCGUGGAACGAAAAACUCGUGGUGGACGUGCCAAUGCACGAACGGUUUAUCACGGUGGAGGUACAAUGCAAGACGUCGGGAGGGAACAAAACUGUCGGGGUGGCAAGGAUUCCGAUCUCGGAUUUUGUCGGUGGGCAUGUUCCGCAGAGUUAUUUGCACUUUUUGAGUUACAGAUUGCGGGAUAAUAAGGGCGAGAGAAACGGGAUUAUCAAUAUUUCUGUAAAAGCCAAGGUCCCGGAAUACGCAUCCUGUUCCGGUACAGGGAUGGGUGUGCCUUUGGGGGAUAACAAUUUCGGUGGGGUUGUCACUGGGAUUCCUAUUUGGUGUACCAAUACCGGAAGAUUCUGAUGGAUUAAAAUUGU